AUGCGCUUUUUAAGUGUACUCUUUAUAUCUGCUCUUACGAGCCUAGCAGCUGCUCGUAUAUCCUUUACACAUUGCAAAGCAGCUGAUCCGAACUGGACUCCGCCUCAAGGAAACUGCGGUGAAGAAGAUAUGAAUGCGUGUAAAGAUCCUCAAGUUUGUUUUGUAUCACUUGUUACGAUGUCGCUACGGGUGAGGCCGGGGAGAACGGCAGACAUCUUGGAGAAUCGCGCGGCACAGCUACAACCCGUUGUAGGGCCAAGUUACGCGCCUACUCAUGGCGAGCAAUGCGGCACAGUUGAUCAAGAAGCGCUCAACAAUGUGCUCGCCGCACUCCCUCAACUCUCCGAGAAUCUAAACCAAACCUCGCGUGCUCCUAAGGAUGCACAACUUCCCUCUGCUAUUUCUAACGCGAAAGCCGUCGCUAGUCAAACAUCACCUUCUCUUCAAGAUACUGGUCGUCUGUUUCUCGUCAACUUUAUCGACCAAGCACACCUGCGUCAGACUGCCGGCAGAUACGGCGCUACUUAUCAAGCGUACAUCUACAUUCACCCAGUUUCUGAUGACUUCUCGCCGCAAAACCGUAAAAUCGAACGUGGGCAGCUCGGCUCCAUCCUCGUUUACACACUGCAAGACCUGCUAAAUAACUAA